AUGGAGGCGUCACGCCGCCGCCCGGCGCCCCGCGGGGACAGGUCAGGAGCGGUGGCGACGAGCGGAGGCUGAAGGGGGCCGUGGCGUGCCUUUGAGGAUGAGACCAUGAAGCUCCGGCAGCUGAAACUGGAUAAUCAGAGAGCCCUGCUGGAGAAGAAGCAGAGAAAGAAGCGCCUGGAGCCGCUCAUGGUGCAGCCGAACCCAGAAGCCCGGCCACGUCGGUCAAAGCCGAGGGGAAGCGAGGAGCGCGCUCCGCUGGUGGAGCCUCAGGCCCCGCACAGCGGCGUCAUCCUGCACGGCAUUGAUGGUCCCGCUGCCUUCCUGAAGCCAGAUGCUCAAGAUGUGGAAACCAGACUUCACGUUCUCUCAGUAGGAUCUUCUGCCACGGAGGAGGAUACUGAAGGAAGUGCUGAUGGAGAUAGCACUUGGGACCCUGCUUCCAAGCCAGAUCUUCAGGAGAUUCUCCAGAAACAUGGGAUCUCAGGGAGUUUGAACUUUGAUGAGGAGGAGACUGAUGGGGAGGAAGGAGAAGGGAAAAAACUAAGAUCUCAUUCGUCCUCUUCAGAGGCAGAGAGACCCAGUUCUGCAUCCAGCCAGAAGCCAGCCACAGAUACAGGAGCUUCCGGAACUGCAGCCCAGCACACUGAUAAUCAGCUGGGAGAAAUAGAGAAUUUAGAGGGCUUCGCAUACAGUCCUGCCCCUCGAGGUGUCACAGUGAAGUGUCGGAUAACUCGGGAUAAAAAAGGAAUGGAUCGGGGGCUUUUCCCUACCUACUAUAUGCACUUGGAAAAGGACGAAAAUCGGAAGAUAUUUCUCCUUGCAGGUAGAAAGCGGAAAAAGAGCAAAACAUCCAACUACCUUAUCUCCACUGAUCCAACAGAUUUAUCUCGUGGAGGGGACAGUUAUGUUGGCAAACUCAGGUCCAACCUCAUGGGGACCAAGUUUACAGUUUAUGACCAUGGUGUCAGCCCGGCCAAGGCCCAGGGUCUGGUAGAAAAGGCCUGCAUGCGGCAGGAGCUGGCCGCCGUCUGCUACGAAACAAAUGUACUCGGAUUUAAAGGCCCGAGGAAAAUGUCUGUGAUCAUCCCAGGGAUGAAUAUGAAUCAUGAACGAAUCCCAUUUCAGCCACGAAAUGACCGCGAGAGCCUGCUUUCAAAGUGGCAGGACAAAGCCAUGGAGAACUUGAUCGAGCUGCACAACAAGUCCCCCGUCUGGAACGAUGACACCCAGUCCUACGUCCUGAACUUCCAUGGCCGGGUCACUCAGGCCUCUGUGAAGAACUUCCAGAUAGUCCACGAAAAUGACCCUGACUACAUUGUCAUGCAGUUUGGACGUGUGGCCGACGACGUGUUCACCCUGGACUACAGCUACCCGCUGUGCGCGCUCCAGGCCUUUGCCAUCGGGCUCUCCAGCUUCGACAGCAAGCUGGCCUGUGAAUGA